UGUGAUAAACUGGACUGCUUAUUCCCAUUUGGGCUGCUGCUGAUAGACGAAUCGGUUUUAAAGAACCGUCCCAAGAGCAACACGUGUGAAAAAAUAAAGAGUGUAAUACAUGUGGAUGAAAUUGGAGAUAAACCGCCAUCACAUACGAAUAUCUUCGGUCCAACGGCAGAUGUUUGAUUAUACUAUCGUGCGAAUCAUGGCUAAUACCAAUAACGAUUUCCACGAUAAAGUUCCGGCCUUUACUGCUGCAGACGUUGAACAGUAUUGAUAUUUUGGCUGUAAAACGCAAGGAGGAAAAUGAAUUCAUCCUAUCUUUGGGGCGAUGACGAAGAAUGGGGUCCGAGGUACUUCUUCACCUACUAUAGUCAGUUUGGUGAGCGGAAAGGAGCCAGUGGUGUCGAGGUCGUCAUUCUGGCUGUGACUUUCGUCGUCGCAGUGAUUGCCAAUCUGGGUAUCGCGGCCUGCGUCUUACGGUACAAGGAAAUGCGGACUCCAACGAAUCUUUGCCUUGUCAACCUCGCCGCAGCCGAUCUCCUCUUCGCCCUUGGGGUUCCUGCCGUUGCUUACACUAGACUCACACAGAAGUGGAGACUCGGAGACGCUGUUUGCAGACUGCUGCCCUAUUCUCAGUUUGUAUGCGGUUUCGUAUUGCUCUGGACGUUGACUUUGAUAUCGAUGGACAGACACAGGUGCUUGGCCGUUGCACCGUACAGAAGUGCGUUAACUGGUCCUAGAGUCGUUGCUGCAAGUCUUAUCACCUGGGUGAUAGGAGCCUCGCUAUUUUUGCCAGCCGCCUUUUGGUUCAGGCCACAGGAGGUAAACGGAGACGUUAUUUGUACGUUGAUAUUUCCAAGGAACGAGUCUAUCAACAUCUCUUUAUGCUUCACGAUACCCAUUAUCAUUCUUGCCUGCCUCUUACCCAUGGGACUUUUGGUAUACCAUUAUCAACGGAUAUUUCAGAGAAUAUUAGACACCAGAAAUAGAUGGGCAGUAUCCUGUGUAGCGCAGGGUGUCGUGGAAGGUGGAACGGUCCGACGGGAUUCCGAAUUGUCGGUUGUGAGUACGCUGGUUCCUUGGGCCGGUAGAAAAUUAUCAACAGCUUCGAUGUCCGGUCGACAAGGUCGCGCAGGAAGUCUGUCCCACCACGAAGAGAUUCGUCUGCACAAGCACCUUCGAGUGGUUCGAAUCCUGCUGCUAAACGUGGUGGCGGUUCUGGUGAUGUGGCUGCCGAUCACGAUAGUGAUGUUCCUGAUAUACAUCGACGGCCGUCGUCCAAAUGAGGACACGAACUUCUUCCUCAAGUCCCAUCACUUUCUUUGGGCGUUGGUUAUCGCCCAAUUGAACACCGUUGUGAACCCGCUCCUCUACGGUGUGUUUUCCGAAAACUUCCGGUCAUGCUUUGCCAAGUUCUGGGGAAGGGCGAGAAACAACGACCGGACCGGAAGUGGGGAAAGAGGCAGCGGCGGGACCGGAACUCGCAAGGGUGGAAGGUCGCUUGAGGCUCUUCAAGACAGACUGGGACCCAGAACUCCUAGCAGUCUGCGAACUGGUGGUAGGCCACCCAAGAAGAGCUCCAGCUGUAGCAUCGGAAGCAUCAUCGAAGUCCCGAGCUCCGAGAAGCUCUAAGUAAUCCCUAUAAUCAUUAAACCUUCUAAAAACUUCGCUCUCUGAUUACCAAAAUUGACUUGAUGAGAAUGGAAAUUGGAUUUGGACGUAAGUAAUUUUCACCCUGAGGCAAAGUUUUUUACACGACAGUGCCGUGGUUAUUAAAUGAGACAGUACGGGUCGAUUUUUGUGACGUGCUGUGCUCGGUGCCAGGAUGUUACAUGUCAAGGCUA